CGGGAGAUCUUUAAUUCAAGCGAGAGCAGCUCGCACAAUGACGAUCUAUAGUCUUUAUAUCUACGAUAGACACUGCGCAUGUGUUUACUAUCAGGAUUGGCACCGAACCAAGCAACCAAAGCGAGCUGGAGAAGGAGGAGGCAUUUUGAACGCUGUCUCCCAAGCUGUCUCUCCGCUUGCAACAGACAGUGCAGCUCCUACUCCAUCAGGAUUUAGCAGCCCCAGAAACACGCUGUCUUCGACAUCAGGAUUGGUUGUCGCUGUGGGCGAGGAUCCUGUAACACCUCUACCAAAUCUAGCUGAGCAUGCAAGGUCAAAUGCCCUUCCCUUUGAUGAAGAGGCGAAGCUAGUGUAUGGUGUUGUCUUGUCACUCAGGAAUAUGGUCAAAAAAAUCUCGGGAAGAGACGAGCAAUUCACCAGCUAUCGCACAUCGACGUACAGGCUUCACUUGUAUGAAACCGUAUCUGGCUACAAGUUCAUCAUGUUGAGCGAUGCGGCUACUGACGGUCUUCGCUUCAUACUUCGUCAAAUCUAUAACGGCCCUUUCCUCGACUUCGUUGUCCGCAACCCUCUCGUCCCGAUGGAUUCUCGUUCUCAGGGCAUCGACAACGAUUAUUUCCGUGCUAGUAUUGACCGUCUUGUUCGCGGACUCUCAGUUUUCAAUUGAUUAUUUGAAAAAUUUACCAAUAUCUACAUAACAUACCAUAAUCAAGAUGGCAAAUAACAAGCAAAAGCAUCAACGAAUGGAAACAGAGCAUAUUGAUAUUCAUGAGGACGGCGUGGGUAUUUGUGUAGGUUGGGUGGAAGCUCCAUCUUGCCGUUCCAAUUGCUUCCUCAACUGGCCCAUAAGUGACUUCUUAACCUCUUUUUCCUGUCUGCUGGCCCCCUUGUCGCCGUCGACUUCCUCGCUCUCUCCUGCCACUGCUUCGUCGAGGGCCAGUUUAGUCUCCCCAAGUCUGAGCAUAUCUUCUUCAAUCGUCCCGCGACUGAUUAGCUUCACAACAUCUACAUCUCGCUUCUGGCCAAUGCGAUAAGCACGGUCUUGUGCUUGCCGAUCAUUGUGAGGAUUGAAAUCCUGGUCGAACCUUGUGGAGGAUGAAAAACUGAUUGCUUGUACACUGAUAAUUUAGAUCACUUACAUGACGACGACGCUUGCAGCU